AUGCCGUCGUGUUCUGUUAAGUGGUGCAGAAGUCAUACGGAUAUGAAGAAUGCUGGACUCACUUUCCAUGUAUUUCCAAAAAAUGAAGUCCGGCGGAAAAAAUGGGUAAACGCAAUUCGUUUGGAAAGACACGACUUGGAUUGGACGCCUACCGAAUACAGUAGAAUAUGCAGCAUACACUUUAGAAGUCACGAUACAUAUAUUCGUAAAAAUGGAAAGUUAAAUCGAUUAAAGAAAACUGCAGUGCCUAUUUGUACAAUGGUCGGUUCAUAUGCAGAACCGACUAGAAAUGUAUGUGGAUCAGCCUCAAGCACACCACAAGAGCUCGGCGAACCAGUCAAUACUUGGCAACGGAGAACGCCCCAUCGAGCACGCAUGGGACAUGCUCCAGAGACGUGUUUUAAAGGACUUGGACGGAGUGACAACAACCCAACAGCUGAAGGAUUUGCUACAAUUCAAUUGGGGACGAAUACCGCAAGAUGA